CCGUCCUCGGAGCCGCUCCGUGUUUAGUCGAGUCAAGGCAAGAAGUCUGGCCACGCCCGCCAUCUUGCCCCCCGCGGCUCCUGGAGCUGUCGCCGGAAUCGAGCUUCAGCCCGCCUGAGAUGGGUGAGGAGUGGCGGUAGCGGCAACGGGCGCGGCCCCUCCCCCGUCGGUCUCCCGCCCUCCUGCUAGUCGGUGCCGCGGCGGGGGCGUGCCAGGCGCUGUAUAGGGAGACUUUGGUUCCCCGGCCCUGUGCAAGAAAGAGAAGUCAGCCUCGGGGAGACAGCGGGGGCGGAUCGGGUCUGAAGAGCCACAGGGAUCGUUUGAGGAGAGGCAUUGUCGUUUGCCCAGCUUCUGGAUCGUUGGGGGUUAUGGCUGGGGGAAGGAGGGGGCCUAACCGGACAUCCUACUGCCGUAAUCCCCUCUGUGAAACUGGAGCUGCAGGGAGCGCUGGCCAUUCCACCAGCUCCUCAGUCACCAGUGUGCGUUCCCGUACCAGGUGGGUGUAUGGCACGGGCCUUUCCAGUCCUCCGUUGGCAGCUCAAACGGUGAUUCCCCUCCGGCACUGCAAGAUCCCUGAGCUGCCUGUGGAGAGGAGCAUCUUGUUUGAACUCCAGCUCUUUUUCUGCCACCUAAUUGCUCUCUUUGUCCAUUACAUCAACAUCUACAAAACAGUGUGGUGGUACCCACCAUCCCACCCUCCAUCCCAUACCUCAUUGAAUUUUCAUCUCAUUGACUUCAAUGUCCUGGCAGUGACUACUAUCAUUCUGGCCCGAAGGUUGAUCGGCGCUAUUGUGAAGGAGGCUUCCCAUACUGGCAAAGUCUCCCUGCCACGCUCCGUUUUCCUUGUGGUCACUCGCUUUGCUGUCCUUACUGGCACGGGCUGGAGUUUGUGCCGAUCCAUAAUCCAUCUUUUCCGGACACAUUCGCUGCUCAACCUCUUGUUCUUGUGUUACCCGUUUGGCAUGUACGUCCCCUUCCUGCAGCUGAACUGUGACUUCCGCAAGGUGAGUCUCUUCUCCCACGUCACCAACAUCGGCCCUCGUGACACAGGGGAUGCCAACUCGAAGGGCAAGGACUACCUGUCUGUCCUCAAGGAGACCUGGAAGCAGCACGCCCGACAGAUGUACAGCACAGAGGCUAUGCCCACCCAUGCUUGCUGCCUCUCUCCAGACUUGAUCCGCAACGAGGUGGAAUACCUGAAGAUGGACUUCAACUGGCGCAUGAAGGAGGUGCUGGUGAGCUCCAUGCUCAGCGCCUACUAUGUGGCAUUCGUCCCUGUUUGGUUUGUGAAGAGCACGCAGUAUUACGACAAGCGGUGGUCCUGUGAGCUAUUCCUCUUGGUGUCCAUAAGCACCUCUGUUAUCCUCAUGCAGCAUCUACUGCCGGCCCGCUACUGUGACCUUCUCCACAAGGCUGCAGCACAUCUUGGCUGCUGGCAAAAAGUCGACCCGGCACUUUGCUCCAAUGUGCUGCAGCACCAGUGGACAGAGGAGUGCAUGUGGCCGCAGGGGGUGCUGGUGAAACACAGCAAAAACGUCUACAAAGCAGUGGGCCAUUACAAUGUGGCGGUGCCUUCUGAUGUCUCCCACUUCCGGUUUCACUUCUUUUUCAGCAAACCCCUGAGGAUCUUGAACAUCCUGAUUCUCCUGGAAGGGGCAGUCAUCUUCUACCAGCUCUACUCACUGAUCACAUCAGAGAAGUGGCACCAGACCAUCUCCCUGGCCCUGAUCCUCUUCAGCAACUACUAUGCCUUCUUCAAGCUCCUGCGGGACCGGCUGGUGCUGGGGAAAGCUUACUCAUAUUCUGCCAGCAGAGAGAGUGAUCAGAAGCUGAACUGAAUGCAUGACACUUACUGGGGUAUAAACACAAAAGGAGAGAGAAGGCGGCCCCAGAGCUGUGUCGGAGGCAGUCAGCGACGUUUGUGCUGCCUGUUGUGCCAGGGUCUGUUCCGCUCAGCCUGAGAAACCUGCCCCAGAAAGCCUUGCUGCCUUGUGGGGGAUGCUGGGGCGCAUUCUCAAAGGGUGUGCAGUCGGGCCGGUCCUGCACUUUGUAACUUUUUUUACCACUGCUUUUGUUUCUUUGUUGGUUUGAUAACUGAUACAAUUGUAAAAAUACCUUAUUUUUGUAC